UACACUUUAAAAUGAAUAUUGCAGAAUGCAAUCAUAUAAGAAUAAGAGAUGGCAAUAAUUAUAGAAUGAACGUGGAGCGAACAAUAAAACAGUUAGAAGACCUUUACCAGAUAGAUUUCCGAACUUUACCCCAAUGGCAAAAACUUGUACAACGAAUGCAUCUUGCAAUUACAGACUGCAAGAGAAAAAUACAAGAUUCAAAACGUCGCAAAGCCACUAUCAUCGACAAACUAUGCAUGGAAUCAUGUAGGCCGUCACCCUUUGACCUUACGAACGAAUUGGCUAGGACUUCUAAGAUAUGGAAAGCAAUGGAAGCCAAUUUGAAGAUGAAAAAAGAAUUUAUUUUGAAUUUAACAGAAUCGGUUCAUAGCAGUUUACAUGAUGAAACUGGCUAUGGUGAAAUACUGGGUGAAGAAAGUUUAGGACACCCAAAUACCGAAGUUAUUGCAUUCCAGGACACAACUAUAGGGAAAGAUGAACCUGGUACAAGUUCAAACUCACACUUACCUGCUCAUAUCUGCAUAAAUCCGCACACACGUAUAUCAUCGUUAAAGUCUGAUCAAAGUUCUUUAAGCCUUGCAGAUUCAAGUCCAGCAGUAAUGCCUAUAAAUUGUGUGAAGCCUGAUGAAUGGUCAGUUUUACCCCAAAGCACAAAUAUAAUUAGCGUUCCAAAUACGAUCACUAUUGAAAACCUGUCUCUAAACGAACAAACCAUAUCGUUUUCAUUGAUUACCUUCAGUAGUGAAUACCCGUAUUUAAAUCUGCGGUUCAAGGGAUUAACUGAUAACACGGCAUUUAGACGAGCAAAAAUUCUUCCAUGUACUCCGGUAAAAUUAUUUCCAGGUUUAGCAGUAAAUUUUAAGUUUGUUUUUAAACUUAAACCGAAUCCAGAAGAUUUUGCGGUUAAUUUAUUUUUUAAAGUAGGCCAAAAAGUUUUGGCCGAAGCUCCUGUGGAAGGAUUUAGCUUGCCAGUAGUCGGUGCUUUUUUUAUAAAACCUGAGGCCAUACAUGUUACCGAAGUAAUAAAUAUACCACCUACGUACUUUUGGCACAUCAAUGCAAACUGUGGUUUUCCCUUUAGUGAUGUUACUAUAAAAGUGCCUGAUAAACAUUGCUACAACUUGUAUAUAACCAAACGGAAUUUGAAUCUGGUUCAAGAAUUAGAACAUGAUAUUUUGUCAAUUGAGCCCAUGACUCUCAGCUCGACAACAAUAGCUCAAAGAGAUCUUGACCAAGAAGUUAUAGCUCAGAGUAAAACAUUCGUCUCCUCGAAUGAAUGCCAGGAAGAAACCGAAUCAGCUUUAAUUUCAAACUUUAUUACUUUAAUAAUAAAUGAUGCCAUUGAACGGGCAUUAGAUGUUUUUGUUUUCGAAAAAAUAUAUUUACCUUUGGAGCCUUUUGCAAAACAAGCUAUUAAAGUAUACCAAACAAAAGUCGAACACAUAGGUUUCCAUCAAAGUCUUUAUGAGUUCAAAUUCACGGACCCUGAGACGGAAGAAACUGUUUUGCACAAAACAGUGAAAGUUUUCGGUGAAGUUUUACCGAGUCCUGUACAAAUUGAACCUGGUUUACUUGAUAUGACUGUGUCACCUAUCGUUCAGGGACGUUGUGUAGAUCGCUUUACAAUCAUAAACAGUAACAAAAGAUUUCCGGUAACGAUUAAAAUUAAACUUACAUCAAAAAUUAAACAGCUGAUUAGUAUAACUCCCAUGGAAACUUCAAUACCUAUUGACACGCAUGUCAGUUUUGUAGUGGGUUUCUGUUCUAGAGAUCUAAAUAAAAAUAUAAAAGAAGAUUUUGUACAUCUGACAAUUAAAAUUAUUGUGAUCGGAGAUAAGUCGGUGUAUCGUAAUGUGCCACCAAUAUAUUAUGAGAUUUUAGCACCUUGUUCAUCAGAAUUUGUGAAAUUGUACAAAUUUUGUGAUUAAUAUUUU